ACACAAACAUAAGCGCAAACUGACAAGCAUACACACACACAUACACAGAAACGAUAUCACACACAAAGUAAAUCAACAAAAACAUGCUUACUUUUGGUACAAGGGAUUUUUUUUUUUAGUUUAGAAAAAUGCUUGAUGCUAAAGGUCUCUCGUUGUGGUGAAGACUUUUUACGACCUAUCAAUAGCUUAGUGGUUAUUUCUCUUGAUUAGGUCAUGUUCUUAGUCGAGAAGUUUUCCAUUUCGACUCAGUCUGUGCUAUUAAUCCAAAGUUAAUUCGCGAUGGAGAUAGCUGUGUAUAUUUUCACUUGGAAUCUUGAUGUAUUUUCUGUACAAAUCGGGUCUUCCUUCACAGACCUUUGAGUUAGAUACUGAACUGAGAGUCAAGCCAAGUCGAGAUGACAAUGUUAUGUUGGAAGCUAUAUGUCAUAACUUUAGUGUAUUAUUAUAUUUUGUUAGUCAAGUCUUUGCCCUUAUAUACACCUGAGAAUGAGUCUGCUCUGGAAGAAUAUUUUAAUCCUGAAGAAAAUCUAGGUGUCAACAUAUUUUUAACGGAAGGAGAUAUACUUAUAGACCGAGAAGAAUAUAUUUUACGCCAAUCAAAAACUGACAGGAGUGGGCGCCAUGCAGUUGAUGUUCACACAAGACAGCGACGUAGUUUGGACUUGCAGUACUACAAGACAUGGUACAACCGAACUGUUCCAUAUAUGUUUGAUUCUAAUUUUGCUCCUGAGUAUCAAAGACUUGUAGAAGCUGCUAUUUAUCAGAUUCAAAACGUGACUUGUAUUCGCUUCAAGAUCAGACAAUCUGAAAAGGAUUAUAUCAAAUUUACCAAGCCUGAUACUGGAUGUUUUAGUCCAGUGGGUCGUACUGGAGGCAAGCAGGAGGUCAGUUUGGGUGAAGGAUGCCUGGUACAUGGCAUCAUACAGCACGAGAUCUUGCACGCACUAGGACUGUGGCACGAGCAAAGCCGACAAGACAGGGAUGAAUAUAUUAAAGUCUUAUGGGAUAAUAUUCCAAAAGAACACUGGCCGAAUUUUGAAGCCAGGACACUGUCCGAGAGUCAUCAGAUCUUUUUAAACCUGGACUAUGACUACGGGUCUGUUAUGCACUACGCUAACAACACGUUCGCUAUAGACCGUCAGAAGCCGACCCUGAUUCCAAAGAGAGACCUGCCCCCUGGUGUAGUCAUGGGUCAGAGAUUAGGCAUGUCAGCAGGCGAUAAAGACAAGUUGAACGCUCUCUACAGAUGUGAUAUAACCAAUUGUUCCGAGCCUGGUCGGCUGACCAAUGGAUGGAUUGAUGGCGGAGAUUACCUGGUCGGUUCAAGGAUAUUCUACAACUGUGAUAUUGGUCACGUGCUGAUCGGUGCCUCAGAAAGAGUCUGUAGAGAUUUGGGGCUAUGGUCUGGUGAAACUCCAACAUGUUUACCCACUAACCCAUUCAGACCUUUACGCUACUGUAAUUUUGACAACCAAACGUCCCCAUUAUGUGGGUGGACACAGGCUAACGACGAUGAACUGGACUGGACGCUUCUCUCCGGGCCAACCAUGUCUGAGGGCACAGGACCAAAUCUCGACCAUACUCUUGGUACAGUCUAUGGAACUUAUGUCUACGUGGAGGCGUCUAGUAGAAGUCCUGGACAAAAGGCAAGACUCAUCUCCCCUUUGAUAAACACAGGCUCCUCUAGACUUUGCCUUGUGUUCUUCACUUUUAUGUAUGGUGACAAUAUGGGUAACCUAACCGUGUACGUCACACAACCGAACCGAAACAUCAAUAGCAAUAAUGAAGUACUGACACUAGAGGGCAGUCAAGGGGAGCAAUGGAAAGAAGUCUUCUUACACCUCGAGAAGAGUAACAGCCCUUUUACAAUUGUUUUUGAAGGGUCGCUUGGCAACGGAUACAAAAGUGACAUUGCCAUUGAUGACAUCAUCCUCGGUGAUUGUUCCACGUUCAAACCUUUGACAGUACAAGUUGGUUUAUCAGAAGCCAUUCAGUGCAACUUUGAUUCUGGCUUGUGUGGGUUCUUCCAAGAUAGACAAGAUGACAUGGACUGGCUGCUGAAUAUGGGCAAGACCAGUACGCUAGAGACAGGACCUGAUUGUGAUCCGCUAGAUUGCCAGAAUGGAAAGUAUCUGUACAUAGAGUCGUCCAGACCUAGAAUGAUGGGGAACAAGGCUAAACUGAGAACCCCAGUGCUAGGGGGUGAAGGAAGACGCUGUUUGACAUUUUACUAUCACAUGUUUGGUGACCACAUCGGGUCACUCACAGUCCGGAUGGUCAACAUCAUCUCUGGGGUGGAUCACAUUCUAUGGGCUGCUUCGGGCAAUAAAGGCAACCAGUGGUUUGUGCAACAGGUGGACUACUCAGUUCAGGAGGCUCACGAGGUAUCGUUUGAGGCAUCUGUCGGGCCAGGUUACAGAGGGGAUAUCGCUAUUGACAGCAUUGAAAUUGCUACUGGACGCUGCCAUGAGUUGCCGAACUUUAACUGUAGUUUUACUGAGGACUUUUGUGGCUGGGUCAAUGCCCCAACACCAGGAGAUAUGCUGGACUGGACCAGACACAGGGGAGAAACUGAUACGUCUGAUACAGGACCAGAAUCUGACAGACUAAGUCCAGGUGGCUACUAUGUUUACGUGGAGUCUUCAAGAACGAUAAUUGGUGACACAGCAAGAUUAGUCUCCCCAACUGUGUCAUACUCACCAAGUGGCUAUUGUUUGCAGUUUUGGUACCACAUGUACGGUAGGACCAGCGGCAACCUAACAGUGUACACUCAGACAGACAUUGGUCAGGAGACUAUCCUAUGGAGUGCCUCAGGAAACCAGGGCAACGAUUGGAGAAGCUUCAAUGCUAAUAUUACCAACACACAUGGUCGAGAUUUUAAUGUAAUAUUUCAAGCUACUAUGGCUGGAUUCACUGGAGACAUUGCAAUAGAUGACAUCAGUAUCCAGAAAUCAUUGUGUAGGUUAAGGUAGUGCAGUCUUUGUUCAUUGCAUCACAAAAACAUUGACAUCAGACGAAAGAGUCUCUGGGCACAUCUUGAACUAACCAUCACAUCGCUAGCCCUUUGAAACAAAACUUUUUCACUGUUCAUGUCAUCCUGCUUCAAAUCAUCUGGGAUUCAAUGGACAACUGGAUUAACUCCACGCAUAAAAAAAUGACAGUAUAAUGGUUUCAGCAUCUUUUUGAAAAGAUGUUGGCCAUUACAAUUAGAACAGCAAAACACCUGUAAGAUUACUGUAGUUGGUGAUUCUUCAAAGCAUUUGCAAUGGGCAAAAGUAAACUUAAAAUUCUGUUUAGCUACUCAAGCCAAAAUUUGAUGCAUAAAUUUGCUCUACUCUGAUGUAAACCUAGUAUGAACAUAAUGAAAUGUGAACCUAACAUUUGAACUAAACUAUUCAUAAUAAUCUAAUGGCUCGACACAGUCACCUUAGAGCUAGAGGAGAGAAAGAAGAAAACUAUGGGUUGCCAUGUUAAUAACUCAGUGAAUCUCAAACUUGAAUGCAUAGGGCCAGUAGUUGGUUCUUUGAAGCUACAGAUGAUAACUAUUUUUUUUUUAAAUAAAAGGUGUGGAUAUUUGAACAAUAAGCCAGUAACAAUAUGAUAAUUAUAUUUUGAUUUCCAUUGCUAUUGUGAUUAUUUUGUGCACUUGAUCAUCAAAUGUUUUUAUUACUUUGUGUUCAGCAUAUUCAGUAAAUGUCGAGAAUUAGGAUGGAACAGACACAUUUACAUCAGCAAUUCAGCAUGCUUUGGAUUCAUCUCUUAAAUUAUUUGUAUAAAUAAUAUUCAUAAUGUUUCAUCUCAUUAGGUUGUCAUUUUAGAAAAGUAGUUUAUUAUAUACAUGCUUAUAUUCUAAGUUGGUCUGCAUGUACUGGAAACCAGCUAAUUAAUUUGCCUUGUUAGGCUCAAAGUCAAUCAACAAUGGACUAAAUAAAAAUGUAACUCAACCAUUUUACUUUAGGGGUCACUAAUUUAAAAUUAGUAGUUAGUAGUUUCCACCAGCUUACAAACUUACUUUUUUUUUUAUUAAUGUUAACAAAACUUGGUGUCAUAAAGUGAUAAGUCAUUCUUCUAAAACAAACAUACAAUUUUAACUAUUUUCAUAAAUAGUAUUAGCACAUUUAUUUAUUCUAAACUUUGGAAUUAAAAAAACAAUGCUUAAUAUUUAUUCUUUACCAUAUGCAUAGUAGCAUCACAUAUGUAAACAAAACUAAAGCAAUUUAUGUUUAUAAAGAUACUAUUGAGGUGAAAUGCACUUACUGAAAUAAGUGGCAUGGAUAUUUAAAUACAUUUAAAAUAAUUAUAUAAUCAUAAUUUUGUUCAAUAGCCUUUUCAUUAUGCAUAGACCAUAUCAUUAAACCCUAACCAAAGAAGAGCUCUAUUUCAAGACUUCAAACAAGACCUGUAGUCUACUACUUAUUGCUAGCUUCAUAUAGUUUUCUAAAAAUGGCAAGCCAAGAAGGUGCUAAUUAUAAAAACCUGGUUUGACUUUGCCAAAGCUUGAAAUUAUUCUUGCCAUGUCUCAACGCAGGUAUCUACAGCCAUGGACUAAAUAUGAAGUCUGAGUUGACUCAUUGUAUUUAUGUUCCCUUGUAUUUUUAUAUAAUCAUAAAUCUCAUUACUUGUUAUUUUGUUAUGAUGCAUCACUGUUGGAAAUGUUCAAUAAAUUGUAAUAAUGAAAUCACAUUAACAGCAUUUGUUAUCUCAUUUUCAAGUUUAUUAGUUCAGAAAUGAGUCAUUUGCUAAAAUGUGUAGCAUACCACAAAUACAUUGUUAUACAUUCAUUCUCAAAGAAGAACAAGUGCCACUGUGAACUCUGUUAUAACAUCAGUAACAGUACUUAGUGUAGAUAUUCAUUAUUAUGUAUCAGCACUAGAAGCACCUGGAUCAAGAACAAAUAGCAGUAGAUCUAGAAUGAAGUUUAAAUAUUAAUUUUUUUUAAAUCUACCCUAUUGAUACUGAAUUAAAAAGAAAAAAACUUUUAGGGAGAUUAAAUUCAAAUUUUGCAACCAUUUCACAAAAUCUCCAAUGUUUGUUACAAAUCUAUAAGUAAAUUAAUAAUAUUACAACAGUAAAAACAAAUAGUGAAAUUAACAAUGUCAUAUUGUUUAUUCAAUCACAAAAAAAAAGCAUUUCCUUCAAAUGUUUGCUUUCCGACUAAAAAUUGUGUAUUCAGAGACUUCAUUUUUUAAUGCAAUAAUGUUUACAACUAAUAGACAUAGUAUUAAAUAUACAAAGAAAUGUUUUUGAGGUCUAGGCUUACAACUGCAUCAGGCAUGACACUGACACUCUCUCAAUAAAAACAACAAAAAAAGGAUGGCCAAACCAUGUUAAGAAAGGAAA